AUGUCUCGUUCGCAGCCAUUGGCGGAGCCGUCGCAGCGCGGGUACGCGACCGGCGGCGACUACGGCCGCGACGGCCACCACUCGCCGCAGCGCAACCAGUCGUCGCACCAGCCGCCGACGCAGCCGUCGCACAAGAAUCGCAGCCCGAUCGCGCACGCUCGCCACGACGCUUCCCGCCAUCCCGACGACGCGCAACCCUCCGCACUUUCGGACCGCGCGGACCCCGACUCCGCACCCGCAAGCCAUCCGCUGCCCUUCUUCUUCCCCAUGCGCCCCUCCGCGCGCGGUUCCUCUCCGCCUGACGGGCAGGAGCGGGGAGGAGGCGUAAGGGAAGGGGAGCGAGUGGGGUAUGGGGUCGAGAAUGGGGGACGAGAUGAGGGGAUGGGUGGAGACGGGGGGCCAAAGGGCGAAGCGGAAGAGUGGGAAGGUAAGGGGGGCGGAAGCGGUGUGAGUGUGGAGAGGGGCUUUGCGUGCUCGAGGCAAGAGGGGAGGAACUGCAGUGAUCCUGAUAGGAGCGGUGGCAGCGGUGGUGUUGGUGCUGGCAGCGCCGCUGCUGCUGCUGCUGCUGCUGCUGCUGCCACCACUGGCCCCACCACCAGACCUGCUUCCGCUGCCCACGCUGUCAAUGCGGCUAAUGUUGUCAGCGGGGCCAAUUGUGCUUCUGAAUCGCCCUUUGCGCCUCCCGCCCCCCCGGGUCCUGCCGCUGCCGCUGCCGCUGCCUCUCCCUGUGCGUCUGCGCCUGCCGCCGUCCCCAGCAUGCUCGACAUGUCGUUAGGUCUCACCUCCUCCUCGCGCUCCCUGCUCCGCUUGCCCGCUGCGUCUGCCUCUGCCGCCGCUGCUGCUGGUGCUGGUAUCAGCUCCCAUGCGACAGCCCAUGAUGCGAUUGCCGCUUCGCCCCGUUCCCACGCUGCCGCCGCUGCUGCUGCUGCUCGCAAUGCUGCUGGUAGUACUGCGGAUGGAGGCGGGGCAGGCGGUGUGAGCAGCGAGGCUGCGCGCCCAUCCGCCUUUCCGUUCUCCAAGCUCCCCUGGGCCCCACAACCUCCACAGCAGCACCAGCAUUCGCAGCAGCAGCAGCAUUCGCAGCAGCAGCAGCAUUCGCAGCAGCAGCAGCAUUCGCAGCAGCAGCCGCAGCAGCAUCAGCCGUCGCACUACGUGCACCAACCACACCAGCUGCAGCAGUAUGAAGACAGAGGAGGAGGCGGGGAGGGAGGCGGUGGUGUUGUGACUGUAAUGGGGUUGGGCAGUAACGGGGCCCUCUCCGCGCCCCCUGUGCCCUCGCCGCUCGCAGCGGCGCCGGGCGGCAGUAUGAGCUCCAAGGCGCGCCGCUUUGUGCGCCGCGACGACCUCAUCUGGGGCGCAUUCUUCUUCUUCACGCACUACUACCGCCCCGCACUCAAUGAUAAAGCCAAGGCGCGGCUGGUGGGGAGGGAGUGGGUGGGGGCGGUGGAGAAGGCGGAUCUGCGGCUGGAGGAGUUCAUGGUGCAGCACGACAUGGAGAACUGCUACAUGUGGGCCUUCCGCGUGCGCCCGCACAACGCCCUGGGCAAGAUGCAGCUGCGCUCCUACAUGAACGGCCACUCCAGGUGGGUGCUGGCUGGGGGCGAGGGUGGGACAAUGUGA